CCUGGUUCUGACUUGACCAAAUCUUUCAUGGCAUCGGGAUCUGCCAGAGCCGCAUGCUAACCGCUAUGGGAAAAAUUCAUCGAACACGUCGAAAAGUGACGUUGAUCGCAUGCUAGUACAGGUACGCAAUACAAAUACACCGUGCUCGAGCUGUGGCGUUGAACACCACGAUCCAGUGUGGGGAACAUAAUAACCCGCUGCGUCCGUCUAGGGUCUGAGCACAACGUUGGAUCCCCACAACAGUUGUGUCGAUCUCGAAAAUAAAGGGUACAAUGCAAUCGUCAUCGGCGGGGCGAACCUAGUCCCGGACCUGUUCUGCGAUCAAGAGGGUAUUGUGGCACUGUGGCACGCGCCCAUAUCAUGCCGAUGCUGAAUACGAUGUCUGCGAUGAAACCGUUUGAUCGUUAUGUCGAUCAUCAAACUCUCGCUCUUUCUUCCCAUGCCAUCAUGGGUUGUUGUGGGCCCAGCUUAAGACCCUUUCGAAAUGUAAACUCCCCGUUCUCUCGUAUUAUCAAAACAAUUAUUCGAACAAUGACUGUACAGAUUGGUUCGUUCGGCAGUGAGGCGUCGUCACACUCCGCUUAUGCUGCUUUUUUGGCCAUUCUGCUUAAAGCACAAGCUGCACCGAGGACUUGGAAUUUUUCCAAAAGGUUAUGGUCCUCUUCUUCCUCAGACUCCCACUGCUCAUUACAAGCGGCUAUGUUGUCGGGAUGAACGCCAUACCAGCUUGUGUCGAGCUUUGUGUAUCCUUCUGGGGAUUUC